CUUUUGACUUGAGCAUUUCCGAAAAACCUUAGGAUGGACGAACUACUAUCAUCAGAAGACCCCCCGUCAAACCACCCUAUCACACCCAUAGAACAAGCCAAACUAGAUACGAACCAUCAAGUCCAAACGGAAACCCAACGUAACCCUUUGGCUCAAAUCCUAACUCCAUCCGAACCGUCUGACAUGGCUCAAACUGAUACGUCGAUUGAAAACAUAUCAUCAAUGGCCGAAGCGAUGUCACUGGCAGACAGAAAAAACUCGGCUACUGCUUCUGAACGUAUGUUUGGAGACAAGCUGGAAAAUCAAGCGGACAUAUCACUCACUGAAGCUGAGCCAUCGAUGGAAGAUGAACUGGAAGAGCCAUCCAUAGAAGAUGAACCGGAAGAACCAUCGAUGGAAGACGAACUGGAGGAACCAUCGAUGGAAGAUGAACUGGAAGAGCCAUCGAUGCAAAAUGAACUUGAUGAACAUUCGAUGGAGGAUGCAUUGGAUGGCGAAUCUGGACGAGAAAAACUACUCACUCAAGCACACCCAGGAACAAAAUCUGAACUGAAGAUUGAAGAUGAAUCAUUAGAGGAAGACGAACUGAUGAGCGAAGCUGGUCCAGAAGCUCCUUUGACGUGUGAAGAUCUGCCCAGAGCUGCUCACUCAGAUCUAGUGGCCCACCCAGAAUCGACAACUCCAUCACUAUUAACGGAAGCCAUGUUAUCCCCUGAAGGAGAACCGUCAACUCAAAAGACUAAACCCAUAACCUCAGCGCGACCAUUGACGGAUCAAGAAGAAUCUCUCUCUGAGGUUGGGCCAUCAACUCAAGUCAAAAUAAAUACAGCUCAAACGGCAAUUCAAGUCGAAAUAUCGUCUGGAGUUGAACUCUCAGUUCAAGCCUAUUCACCGGCUCAGACCCUAUUAUCUGCAGAAGAAAGUCUGGAAUCUAAGUCAUCAACUCAAACUGAACCAGUAAUCACAAGUCAGCCCCCUACGGAAAUCGAACUAUUUUCUGAAGCUGACCUGUUGGUCGAACCGGAAGUAUCCAUCGAAGAUCAAUUGUUGAUCGAGACUGAACCAUUAUACGAAAUACAGGCCUUGGAUGAACUCGAAUCGCCUGUUGAUGACUCGGGUACUACUCCAGUCAAUCCCCCACUGACGGGCCAAGGGUUAACUGAAGACCAACAGCCAUCCGCCGAUUUCAAAUCAACUGCAAUCGACACCCCUGAAACAAAAUCCCACCAUGCCUCAGUGGAAGAUCCAUCUAAAACAUCCCAUAACAGUCAACUAACCUCCAAAAAGCCGCCCAGCAAGAAUUCUAUCCGGCAUACCACGAAUUCCAGUAAACCUGCAAAGAUUGACUCAAACGGCCAACCCUCGAAGGCUCGUUCAUCCACUUUGUCUUCCUCAAACAUCCCAUUGCCUAGAUCCAAUCCACUAUCUAUCAGAUCAAAUCUACCUCAGGCCAAUAGCUCCUCGAAAAAGAUGCCUUCUCUUCCCAAGAUACCGGGCUCAAUUCAUCAAACAAAAACAUUGACUGCAAGCAAAUCGUCACUAGCGAAAUCUUUAUCUUCCGUCUCUUCCUCUACCUCAACAGCUCACGUAUCUGAUAAGGCUACCAAAUCAUCACGAACAAUCCCUGGCGCCCCAUUCAAAUCAAUCCAACCAUCAACUACUACAAAGGCACCCCAUUCAUCUACUCUCACGCCACAAAGAUCAAUUCAAAGAUUAAGGGCCACUCCGUCCAAGUCGUCCUUGGUUACUCCUUCGAAGCCAACACCCUCAACGACCCCCUCCAAACCGCGUUCAGUCAAGUCUUCUACGCCGCUGUCACUCUCCCGUGCUUCUAGUUCACUCAAAAAAUCACAGUCAACACCGAAUGGUGAAAUUGCAACAGGAAUAAACGUUGACAUACUGAAUGGAUCUUCUGUUGAAUCAAGCCCCAAAACUUCCGCUAAGUCUUCGCAAGCAUUCCGCGAGAUGCUGGCCAAAGCCAAACGCAGCCGCCCCAAACCUCCAACCGCCCCAAACUCGCCUGAUCCCGAUUCAGUUCCUGGACUUCCAUCAGUAGCUGAUCAAACUGAGGCUCUAGAUCCCUGGGGAUUCGAACCAAUCGAAAGAACUGUAGAAAAGGCUCAAAAAACUGGUAAAUUGAAUGCCAGUUCUAGGAUGUUAUCAAAACUUCCAGCUGAAAUUUAUGCCAAACUACUAUCUCACACUUCGAUUUUUCAUCCAUCCAAUCGACCUGCGAGCACUCCCAAUCAAAAACAACCUGAGAAUGUUGACCUGAAGUUCUCCUUCGACGAUCAAGAAAAAUGCACGAGUGGCGUGGCGUGGUACGAAACCGUCGAUCUCAUUCAUCUCAACAUGUCACUCAACGAGCUUACAGAACUUGAUGAAGAAUUUGGGGGCUUCGAGGCCCUGACAAAUUGCGAUCUUCACUGCAACCAGUUGACUGGUCUACCAUACACGUUUGGUUUACUGACCAAUCUGACACUCUUGGACUUGUCUUCCAAUCAGCUCAGCCAGUUCCCCAUCCCAAUUCUUUCGUUAAUUAAUUUAAUUGAACUCAAUCUUUCUAAGAACCAGCUCACUCGACUCUGGCCGCUAGACUGGAAACCCACUUUAAAAAAGCAAUUAGCUACUGCAGUCAAGCCUGCACCAAACAGAGAUGAAUUCCUGGGCGGUGACCAAAGUUUUAACAGUACGGAUAAGAGUUUUAACAGUGUCGAUCAACCGAGUACAAUUACUGAUUCAAGUUUUGCUCGUGAGGAGUUUAACGACCAAUUCCCUUCCUCACCAACAAAGUCAUACCUGUUACCCAAGGACGGAGGUUCGAAUGAGAGAACCGAUCGACAGCCGUUUCCCAACCUGCGAAAGCUCAAACUGAGUGGUAAUAAAUUCACAACCAGUAGUUUAUUUGGGCGGGAUAGCGUUCAGUUACCCAUGAACAUUCUGGAAUUAGACCUGUCCAAGAACCCACUAGGAGAUUGUAUUGAAGUCUCAAGUAACCUUAGAAACCUCCAGAAGCUGAUCAAAUUGAACCUUUGUGGAUGCGGGCUCUCGGAUAAUAUAUUUUGGUUUGAUUUGGAAGGGGAUUACGACCAGCUAGAGACUGAAGAGAAUGCUCUAUUGGAACACUUGGCUGAGCUGGAUUUGUCCCACAACGCGAUCGAUUCAUUGGAACCUCUGGAGUCUUUCUUCGAUCGACAUUGCUCUCAGCACCCCAGGCUUGCCUAUGAGGGAUUGCCUCGAGAGUUGGUCAAAGUCGUGAUACACCAUGGCCAGGGAGGGAGAGACGUGAAAGUGAUGAUCGGCAAUAACUUCCUACGUGAGGAGGCUAGACGGCGCCGCAAAGUGAAAAUGAUGAACGCACAAUCUAGUCAGAAACCUGCCGAGUCUUCUGAUACCGUUCCAAGUACGGUGGAAGAGAUAAAGCAACCUUCGACAAAAGAUAAUGUGUUGAAAUCAUCACCUGAAGCAAUCAAAGAGGAGAGAGCAACAGGGCCACCAUUAACCUCAAACGUAAUCAUCACUCCGCCCAACCCGACACAAAUUUUGUUGCUCAAGCAUCACAACCAAACGUCGUCUACGCUCAACCUGAAUUCACUUCACCUGGCCGAGCUUCCAGAAGAUCCGGAGGACUAUAACGGGUCGGCCCUGAAGAUCGAAGUCGAGCAUGUGAAUGUAUCCGGCAAUCAACUGAGCAGAUUUCCGAGUGGGAUCAUGAAUCGAUUCAGCACAACGUUGACGGUGUUGAACCUAUCCAGAAACCGGCUAUUGAACUCUUCUUCGGACACGUUUGAUACCCAUGUCCGCUCGAUGAUGGGAAUCAAACUUCCAGAAUUGGUCGAGUUAAACCUAGCCUCGAACUUCCUCUCUCGGUCCCCUCAACUCAUCAUCAAGUUGAUCAUCGAAGGGUUCGAAGCCUUUAAGCUCAAGACCCUUGAUCUCAGUCUCAACCAAUUCGAGAGCCUCGAUGGCCUCUACGAGCUCUUAAAGCUUCAUCGAAUUCCCGAUCAUCGUUCUGAUGAUACUACCAAGAGACAAUUCCGACUAGAGAAACUCUUGCUCGACGGUAAUCGGAUCUCCCAGAUCGACGACCUCGUCCGCAUCUCUACCGAAAUCAUGGACAGUAUUACUAAUAAUUCCUCAGAAAAGGUGCCCGCCGGGAUGUCAGCUGAUCACGUUAGAGACAUUGUCCAGUACAACUUUUUGGAAGAGAUCGGACUAUCUGAUAAUUCAAUCGGCCAAUUGCCACCUUGCUUGGGAUACCUGCCUACCAAACGGAUGGCUAUAGCCCGUAAUUUGUUCCGGUUCCCUCUCCGAAAAGUCUAUGAUUGUGCCGAUGGUGAUGUUAAGAUUUUAAGCUGGUUACGCGAUCGGAAUUGAAUUUCUCCCUCCCUCUAUUUCUUUGUUAUGAAUAUCAUGUAGUCGAUUUUUUUCCCUUGAUCUUUUUCUCUCCUACUUUGAAAUUUCAUGUAGCUUAUUUUCUUUUACUUAGGCAGAGUUAAGUGUUUAUACAAAUUGAAAGUUGAAAUCGUCCUGUUACUCAGUCCUCCUCUCCAUAUACUCAAACCCGUUAAUAAUUGUUUGUUGAUUUCCAAUUUUCAUCUGGUGAUCUAAGAGUUGCAUUUUUAUUUAAAUAAAUAUUUACAUCUUUCUUCCUUCCUUUCCAGAUCGCCAUGUCAAUUGGUUUGAUAUAAUUACACUUCUUGCUG